GUCUGUAACACAAGUGGGCGUCGAAGGCCUGUAUGGGCAUGGGCGUCGGCGUGGGUAUAUAACGAACCUACGCUGCUCCGAAGACACGCAUUCCACUGGUCUCCGUCAACAGCUGAGGACAUCGCCAUGAAGAUGUGGAUGCUGGCGCUCGCUCUCGGGGCGGCGGUCAACGCGGCCGAUAUGCCCAUGCCCUACGACUACGCCUACGGGGUCAACGGAGAGGUGACGGGGGACAUCAAGGCGCACAAGGAGACGACGAGUCAGGACGGGCGCACGGAGGGAGAGUACCGCUGGUUGCAGCCGAAUGGACUCUACAUAGUAACUCGUUACUUCAUUGAUGGCGAGAGUGGGUAUCAAGCAACUGUUAGUGAAGAAGAAGGCCCAAACAUAGCUAACUUCUACUCAAACAGUCAAGAUUUACCUGUCACAAAUUUGCUCAGUCAAAUAAGCCAGCAAGCCGUUAGCUCUCAACAGAACUUUAACUCUCAACAAAGUUCUGGUUCUCAGCAGAGCUUUGGGUCACAGUUUACUGGUCAGUCAACUGGUUUCAGCCAGACAGGGUCAAGUGGUGUGCGUCAACCGGGAUUAGCUGGUCAGCGAUUGGCUGGAUCCACCAGUUUCAGUCAAAGAGGCACAAAUGCUAAUUUUGGCCAGUCAGGAUCUCCCAGUUUCAACCGGGCUGGACAAGGUUCUACGUCACGUCAAACUUCAACCAGUUUUAGUCAGUCACAAUCAAGUGGACUAGUGACAGGAUCCAAUAGAUUUAGUCAGACAGGAUCCGGGAAUGCCAGCCCAACAGGAUUAAGUGGUCAGCGUUUGAGUGGAUUAAGUGGCAUCUCUCAAACUGGCUCAGCAAACCAAUUCAGUCAGACAGGCACCCUUGGUCAACGUGUUACUGGAUCAAAUACCUUCAGUCAGACAGGUUCAGGUGGUCAGUUGACUGGAUCAGCUGGUUUCAUCCAAAGGGGAUCAAGUGGUCAGCGUGUGACUGGAUCCACCAGCUUCAUUCAGACUAGUUCAAAUGGCCAAAGUGGGGCUGGUCCAGCUAGCUUCAGCCAGUCAGGAUCAAGUGGUCAGCGAGUGACUGGAUCAACCAGCUUCUCUCAGGCAGGAGCAAGUGGUCAGCAGACUGGAUCAGCUGGCUUCGGAUCAAGUGGCCAACGUGUGACUGGCUCAUCUUUUGGCCAAUCCGGAACAAGUAGUCAGUUGUCUGGAUCAGGUGGAUUCAGCCAGGCUGGUGGUCAGCGAGUGACUGGAUCAACCAGUUUCACCCAAGCAGGAGCAAGUGGUCAGCGUGUGAGUGGAUCAACCAGUUUCUCUCAGACAGGAUCAAGUGGUCAGCGAGUGGCUGGAUCAACCAGCUUCUCUCAGGCAGGAGCAAGUGGUCAGCAGAUUGGAUCAGCUGGCUUCGGAUCAAGUGGUCAGCGUGUGACUGGCUCAUCUUUUGGCCAAUCUGGAACAAGUGGUCAAUUGUCUGGAUCAGCUGGCUUCACCCAGACUGGGUCUAGUGGUCAACGUGUGACUGGAUCAACUGGUUUCAGCCAAGCUGGAUCAGGCAGUCAGCGUGUGACUGGGUCAACCACUUUCUCUCAAGCAGGAGCAAGUGUUCAGCGUGUAAGUGGUUCAAAUGGUUUCAGCCAAACUGGUUCAAGUGGCCAACUGUCUGGAUCAGCUGGCUUCACCCAGACUGGUUCUAGUGGUCAGCGAGUGACUGGGUCAACCACUUUCUCUCAAGCAGGAGCGAGUGGACAGCGUGUAAGUGGUUCAAGUGGUUUCAGCCAAUCUGGUUCAAGUGGUCAACUGUCUGGAUCAGCUGGCUUCACCCAGACUGGUUCUAGUGGUCAGCGAGUGACUGGGUCAACCACUUUCUCUCAAGCAGGAGCAAGUGGACAGCGUGUGACUGGUGCCACUGGCUUCAGGCAGUCUGGAUCAGCUGGUCAAUUGACUGGAUCAGCUGGCUUCACUCAGACUGGUUCUAGUGGUCAGCGUGUGAGUGGAUCAACCAGUUUCAGCCAAGCAGGAGCAAGUGGUCAGCGUGUGAGUGGUUCAAAUGGUUUCAGCCAAUCUGGUUCAAGUGGACAACUGUCUGGAUCAGCUGGCUUCAGUCAGGCAGGAUCUGGUUCAACCUUUAGCCAAUCUGGAUCAAGUGGUCAGUUGUCUGGAACAUCUGGCUUCACCCAGACAGGAUCCAGUGGUCAGCGUGUGACUGGAUCAACCAGUUUCACCCAAGCAGGAGCAAGUGGUCAGCGUGUGACUGGUUCAAGUGGCCAACUGUCUGGAUCAGCUGGCUUCAGUCAGGCAGGAUCAGGUAGCCAACCUCAAACUGGAUCAUCUGGCUUCAGUCAGUUGAGCUUCAAUGGCCAGAGGGUGACUGGCUCAACUGGUCUCAAGCAAGUUUCAAGUGGCUUUAGUCAAUCUGGAUCUCAAGGCAGCACUGCUGGAUCAGCUGGAUUUAGCCAGGGCGUGACUGGAUCAGCUGGAUUUAGUCAGACAAGUUCAGUUAAUCAAGGCGCCAUUGGAUCGACUGCCUUUGGCCAAGCUGGAUCAGGCAACCAGCGUCUAUCUGGAACAAAUAGCUUCAGCAGUUCCACAAGUUCACAGGCAAGUUUCAGUUCUUCACAGAAUACUGGGGUCAAGAGUGUUGCUGUAGUACUGGCUGGAUCACCUGAAGCUACACAACUGUUGAACUAAGAGUGAGAAAGAGACUAAGAGAGAAAGAGAAGAAGCAAAGGCAAAUUUGACAAGACGGUUUCCUGUUUAUAUGAAUGAAAAUGGAGAGGAUGUAACAAACUAUAAAAUGAAUCCCGAAUGCUGCGUUAAGCUGACUGACAAUCUGAUAUAUGACAAAGAAAGGAAAUGUACAAUGUAUGAGGUAUGCAUGGCAAAAUAAAAGCACCAUGAGCAA